AUGCCUGAAGCCAUCUCUCACCACAAUGUUGUCGAGAACGUAGUUGGAGAAUCUCAACACAUUAAUCGCGCUUCUCCUGCAGUUCCCUACUUUACUCCUCUCCAAUCUCCUCCCGCAGGUGCAGCUUUUAUCCGUGAAGAUGGCAAUCCUGUCCCUAAGCUGUUUCAGCCCUUGAAGCUGCGUGGCUUGACUCUUCCUAACCGCAUUUUCCUAUCUCCUCUAUGCCAAUACUCUGCAGCUGAUGGUCACUACGGCGAGUGGCACAUGGCCCAUAUUGGUGGUAUCGUGUCUCGCGGCCCAGGCAUGACCAUCAUCGAAGCAACGGCCGUUACACCGGAAGGAAGAAUUACUCCAGAGGAUGUUGGUCUCUGGAAGGACAGCCAGAUUGCGCCAUUGAAGCGUGUCGUCGACUUUGCUCACAGCCAAAACCAAGUCAUUGCUAUCCAACUCGCACACGCUGGUCGUAAGGCGAGCUGCGUGGCUCCCUGGUUGAGUGCAGCUGCCGUCGCACCAAAGGAGCAGAACGGAUGGCCAGACAAUGUCCUUGCGCCUUCUGCUAUUGCUUGGAACGAGCACCAUGCCCAGCCUCGUGCUAUGACCCUCGAGGACAUUGAGAGCUUCAAGAAGUCAUAUGCUGACGCUGUCCGUCGUGCUCUGACCGCUGGAUUCGAUGCCAUUGAGAUUCACGCUGCUCACGGUUAUCUGCUUUGCUCAUUCUUGUCUCCCACGUCGAACCAGCGUACCGAUCAAUACGGCGGAAGCUUCGAGAACAGAACCAGACUUCUCCUCGAAACUGUCGACCUUGUCAGAGAGAUCGUACCUGAGACUAUGCCCAUCUUCGUCAGAGUCAGCGGAACCGAGUGGCUCGAGGAGGUCGAAGAAAUCAAGGAGAGCUGGACUUCAGAGCAGACCGUUGAGCUUGGAAAGAUUCUUGCUGACCGUGGCGUCGAUUUGAUGGACAUCAGCUCUGGUGGUAACCACCCCAAGCAGCACCCUCACGCCGCACCCGGAUACCAGGCACCUCUCAGCAAGGCCGUCAAGAAGGCAGUCGGCAACAAGAUGGCUGUCAGCGCUGUUGGCAGCAUCCACACUGGCAAGCUAGCAAACGAGCUCCUUGAAGACGGUCUCGAUGUUAUCAUGGUCGGUCGUCUUUUCCAGAAGAACCCUGGUGUCGUCUUCUCGUUCGCCGAAGAACUUGGCGUCGAGGUCAAUAUGCCCAACCAAAUUAGAUGGGGAUGGUCAAAGAGAGGUGCUUCUCAGUUGAAGACUCUGCUAGAAGCCAACCUUUAA